AAAAAUCGUCUUAUAGUCUAUCUGGAUCCCCAUCUCAUAAUGUAAUUAAACCGCGUAACGAGAUGGACGGGGAGAGCUAAAUGCACUACAUGUGUGUGUGCAUGCCUAUAUAACAGCAGCUCUUGUUCUUAAUAUAAUAACUCGAACCAGAUAAUAAUAAAAGCAUAGCAACAUGGGAAAUUGUGCACUAAAGCCAAAAGUUCUGACGUCAGCCGGAGUUCCGGCACCGGAGGAGUUUGAGACUUUGCUUCUUGGAGAUCAGAAGGUCGACGCUGCGAAAUCUCUGAGAAACUUGUUCCUUCAAGCCAUGGCAGAGAAGAAAACAAUGGAGGACGAGAAGACAACACCGGAAAAGACUCCGGUAACUACAGAUCUGAAAACAGCUUUGUCCGAGGCAAAAUCUCCACCCAAAGAGAUCAAAUCUCCGAUAAAAGAGACAAAAUCUCCGGCAACAGAGAAAAAUGUUCCGGCAACAGAGAAAAAUGUUCCGGCUGGUGAUCAGAAGGUUAGGAAUGAAGAGACUGUUAGUGAGGAGAAAGUGAUGGACGAUGCGACUGUGAAAGAGACAGAAACAGAGGCGAGGCCGGAGGAAGUCGAAAGCGAAGCAGCAGCACCAUGAAAGAAGUUUGAACACUUUUAAAGCUAGCUUCUGU